AUGGCAGCCCAAGGCUCAGGAGCAGCGCAGGAGUAUGAUGUAAUUGUGCUUGGAACUGGCCUCAAGGAAUGCAUUCUUUCAGGCAUAAUGUCGGUCAGUGGAAAGAGAGUUCUGCACAUAGACUCUAAUCCUUAUUAUGGCGGAGAGAGCGCCUCCAUCUCUCCCUUGGAGGAGCUGUAUAAGAGGUUCCAUGUCUCCGGCCCCCCCAAGUCAAUGGGAAGGGGGAAAGACUGGAAUGUGGAUCUCAUCCCUAAAUUUCUUUUGGCUGACGGAGAUUUGGUUAGAAUGCUGCUGUACACAGAGGUGACCAGAUACAUGGACUUUAAAGUGGUUGAGGGAAGCUAUGUAUACAGGGCUGGCAAGAUUCACAAAGUCCCAUGCACUGAUGCCGAUGCCGUGGCAUCAGAUUUAAUGGGAAUGUUUGAUAAACGAAGAUUCCGGAAGCUAUUGCUGUUCAUUCUGAACUUUGAGGAGAACGACCCUCGGACCAUAUUGUAA